UGACAUACGAGAGACAGGUCUUGAUUUGGAGAGAGCGUCAUACGAAGUUCUUCUACCCACGAAAGAUCGGUUGGAGGCUUUAGAGGCAUUCAAGGAAAAACGACAACCCGUUUUCAAAGGGGAAUAGUUUUUUUACCUUUGAUUUGGAGUAUGCUGCAUAUGUUGACGCAUGGUGCGACCAACCGUCAGUGUUUGCGCACCCAUCAUCUAUAUCUACCGCGCAUGUGUUUUCAUUGAACAUGUCAUCGGCGGCACAUGCCACUUCGUAACGCCCGGGGAGAGUUUCCGGAUGCUUUUCGACAUCCUUGCUGGCGCGCCACUCGGUAGCCACAGUACUACUAACGUCUUCCCACCAGCCUCCGCUAGCGGAUGUUACGGGAUUGUGGUCAGCAUUUUCAUGUUCCAUUUUCUUCAGGAUGCUUUAGGACAAGGCAAAGCAAAUUAUUCGAACACUACUCGCAGCCUGAUGUUGGUGAAGAAACGUCCUUGACACUAAUGACGGGUAGACUCUCAUAUCGGUUACCUUUCAAGCUUCAAGUCGUCACUUUUUCUUGUGAGACGUGGCACAGCGAUGAUUUGCGCAGUAGUUGCCAUUUUGGUGAUAGACUGGCGAUAGACUGGUCACGAGUCUAUUUUGGUGAUGGAGAUGUGUUUACCCCAGACUUCGUGAAUGGUCAUGUCCAACUUUCGCGCAGUGUGCGAGUUAGUGGUCGCCACGUCACGUAUACACGAAAAGCUGCAGUUUAUUGCUUCCAUGGAUUGGAUAAAGGUCGAUGGCUUUUGGAGCUUCAAGUGAGUUUUGCCCCACGUGCAUCGAGACAUGGUCAUAGAUCACGCUUCAUUUCUACGAGACUAUGCACACAUCGGACCAUUCGUCAUAAUGACGAAUGCUGAAUGACAGCUGGACAAUUUUUUGCUAUGAAUGCUCAACGCUGACGUUCUCACUGGAGCCUCUUAUCUACCCAGCUCCAACAGAUCAGUAACUGGAUGCCAUGG